GGAGAGGGAGGGGAACGAAGCAGAGCAUUUUCCUGUUGUAGUAACCACACACUGCCUCCCUCCUGUUACUUCACUGCAGCACUCGGCAACAGCAGCACUGGGCAACAGCAGCACCACCACUUAGCGGGAGACACACAGUAACCCUGCUUUUCCCCCUCCUCUCUCUCUCUCUCUCUCUCUCUCUCUCUCUCUCUCUCUCUCUCUCUCUCUCUCUAGCUCUCGCUCUCUCUCUGUGCGUGCUCAGCAGAGCUCUCCUCUCUCUCUCUCUCUCUCUCUCUCUCUCUCUCUCUCUCUCUCUCUCUCUCUCUCUCUCUCUCUCUGUGCUUGCUCAGCAGAGCUCUCCUCUCUCUCUCUCUCUCUCUGUGCUCAGUAGAGCUCUCCUCUCUCUCUCUCUCUCUCUCUGUGCGUGCUCAGCAGAGCUCUCCUCUCUCUCUCUCUCUGCGCGUGCUCAGCAGAGAUCUCCUCUCUCUCACUCCUGCGGCGUAUUACAGCUUUGGUUUAAGUGGACAUCGCUCCGCUCCUCGCCCACUGCCUCUGCAUGACUGUCACAAAGAUGAUUGGUUUGUUUGCAUGCCAGACCUACAUAAGCCCUGAGGUCUGACCAGACUGCUAGCCAGGUGCUACUACGCUGACACAGAUUUGAUCUCUUUCCGUGUGUCUGCAUCCUCCAACCCCCAUGUUGAGCGAGAUGUCAUGGCGUCCGACAUACCGAAGCUCCAAGUUUCGAAACGUCUACGGCAAAGUGGCCAACCGGGAGCACUGCUUUGACGGCAUUCCCAUCACCAAGAACGUCCAUGACAACCACUUCUGUGCCGUCAAUGCCAAGUUCCUGGCCAUCGUCACGGAGAGUUCCGGUGGAGGGUCCUUUAUCGUUAUCCCUGUCUCCCAGGCGGGCCGCAUCGACCCCCACCACCCCAAAGUGUGUGGCCACCAAGGCAAUGUCCUGGACAUCAAAUGGAAUCCCUUCUUUGAAAACAUCAUAGCUUCCUGCUCUGAAGAUUCAUCUGUACGAGUAUGGGAGAUCCCAGAGGGAGGGCUGAGGCGGAAUAUGACAGAGGCCAUGAUGGAGCUGUAUGGACACAGCAGGCGUGUGGGCCUCAUCGAGUGGCACCCCACCAGCAGUGGAAUCCUCUUCAGUGCUGGCUAUGACUAUAAGAUCCUGAUCUGGAACCUGGAGAUAGGUGAGCCGGUGAAGAUGAUCGACUGUCACUCUGACGUCAUCGUGUGCAUGUCCUUCAACACAGACGGCAGCCUGCUGGCCACCAGCUGUAAAGACAAGAAGCUGCGUGUCAUCGAGCCGCGCUCCGGGAGAGUCUUACAGCACGCCAGCUGUAAGAACCACAGGGUGAACAGAGUGGUGUUUCUGGGCAACAUGAAGAGGCUGCUAACGACAGGUGUGUCCCGGUGGAACACCAGACAGAUUGCACUGUGGGAUCAGGAAGACCUGUCUAUGCCCAUGGUAGAAGAGGAGAUAGACGGUCUCUCAGGGCUGCUGUUUCCUUUCUAUGAUGCAGACACACACAUGCUGUACCUGGCAGGAAAGGGCGAUGGCAACAUCCGUUACUAUGAGAUCACCACAGAGAAGCCAUACCUGCAGUAUCUCAUGGAGUUCCGCUCUCCUGCCCCACAGAAAGGCCUUGGUGUGAUGCCUAAGCAUGGGCUGGACGUAACGGCCUGUGAGGUGUUUCGCUUCUACAAGCUGGUGACGCUGAAGGGGCUGAUCGAGCCCAUCUCCAUGAUAGUACCAAGGAGGUCAGAGACGUACCAGGAGGACAUCUAUCCAAUGACGGCAGGGACCGAGCCUGCCCUCUCAGCCAAUGACUGGUUGAGUGGUAUCAACCGAGACCCAGUGUUAAUGUCUCUGAAGAAGGGCUACCAGAAGCCCAACCAGCUGGUGUUCAAGGCACCGGUGAAGGAAAAGAAAGGUGUGGUGGUCAACGGCAUUGACCUGCUGGAAAACGUGCCACCCAGGACAGAGAACGAGCUACUGAGGAUGUUCUUCAGGCAGCAGGAGGAGCUGAGAAAGCUGAAGGAGGAGCUGAACACCAAGGACGUUAAAAUACGCCAGCUGGAGCUGGAACUCAACAACCUGAGGAACGUCAGCCCCGUUGGAAACAAUGUCUGACCUCUGAUCUCUAGCUUAUGGCACCACCAUCACCACCAUGCCACGUCCAGCGUCCUCCCUCCCUUUCAUCGUGUAUCAUUUGUACUUCCUGUUGCAAUUGAUAAUGUAAUAGCCACCAGAUAAUGUAAAUACUGAUUAUAACGUUUGUGUAACAAUUUUUGUUAUCGAUAAUGUCAUCAUAUUGACAUCACUGUUAAAUCCCUCAAUUGAUAAUAUAAUAACCAACUGGUAAUGUAUUUUAUUGUUAUAAGAUUUUUUUAAAUUCUGUUGAUAGAUGUAUCCUGAUAUCCGGUUUGGUUUCAUUAUGAUUAGUUAUUACAUCAUCACUCGCAAGACACCCCUCCCCCUAUUGCAGAGCACCAUCAGUGUUUCCCAGGGGUCCUCCCACCCCACCUGCCAUGUCAUGCCAUGCCCCGCUGAGUCCACCUGGCAAAGCCUUUGUCAUCACCCAGAAAUGCCACCCCCAAAUCCUCCAACCUCCACCCUACCAUCGCCAGAGACUAACCUGGGGAAAGAGAUUGACUUCCCCCUCCUCCACCAAUCCUCCCCCAUGGUCUACCCACUGCAAACCAACUCACAGCAAAGCUGCAACAUCUCAACCUCCACCCUACCAUCGCCAGAGACUAACCUGGGGAAAGAGAUUGACUUCCCCCUUCUCCACCAAUCCUCCCCCAUGGUCUACCCACUGCAAACCAACUCACAGCAAAGCUGCAACAUCUCAACCUCCCAGUGGAAGAGUCUUCUACUAGUUCCAACUACUGUGGAUGAUGCGUUUUACAGGGACAUGAAUGAAGAUUAGUUUUACAGGGACAUGAAUGAAGAUUAGUUUUACAGGGACAUGAAUGAGGAUGAUGAGUUUUACAGGGACAUGAAUGAGGUGUAUUUCAAGACAGUUUUUUUCUUCAUCUCCUAAGAAUGUGUUGUCUGUAAAAAGCUGCAGCUCUGGCACAGCCUGGCAUACAGCAACCCAGAUGUAGUCUUAAUGGGCAGUUUGUCUGUCGCCUCAGUCAUUAUCUUUUGGAGAAGUUUAGUUGGAAAAUGUAUUAUUGUUACUAUUUAUUUGUUAUAUUUGAUGUUUCUAGCUAACUCUAUAUGCAGAAACAUUCAUCUCAUGUCUUUGGGAGAAAUCGUGGUCAUGAAAAUGAUGGCUGACACACUUGUGGUUGAAUUAUGUUUUCACCCAAAUGGUGGCAAUUUGUCUGAGACCGUAUACUCAAACACAUCCUGUAUUCUCUUGAUUGAAUCGACACCAUACUAAAAUCUGGUCAAUUGGAAUAUUAGUCAACAUGAAAUUAGGUUUUGUACAUAACAGUACAUCAAACCUGAAAUAUUAAUACAAUAUUUGUCUUUAUACCUUUCAGCUAUGAAUAUUCUGUUUCAGAAAGUGCCCAACAUUGUUCAUCUGUGGUGUUCCACGUGAUCCAUUCCUCUCAAGUUAAGACUCUCUGAUAUCUCCUGUAGUUCAGGUUACCUAUACUAUACCUCUAGAGAGGAAUCAUUAUAUGUACCAUUGUCAUAAUAUUGUCAUAAUCGGUAACAUACUCUGCAGGGGUUGACUGACUAAAUGAAUGAAACAGCGA